GGGAGCCAGCCUGCCGGGACAGAAAGCCCCAGGGCCUGGGCAGGGCAGGGGGAGGGGCCCCCUCUGGGCCGAAGCCCCCCAGACUCCCACUUCCCCAGCAGCGCCUUCGCGCCCACAGCUCUUCUUCCCACGUCGGGGCGGCGGGGCGGCGGGGCUGCACCCUGCCCAGCUCUCGCCCUCCCUCAGGGGCGUCCUGCUGCCACCAGCCCAAGAAGAGGGCCAUGGCCUGGGAGGCCACACACCUGCUGACACUUGUCCUGCUGGUGCUCCUGGCCUCAGGCUCCUGGGAACAGCAGCCAGAGUCGCUGCGGAAACUGGAGGGGGAGACACUCUCCGUGACGUGCUGGUACAGGCCCCAGGAAGGCUGGAAGACGAAAGCCUGGUGCAGGAAAGUGUCCGCAGACACUUGUGUCCCGUUGGUCACCCACUCCAGGCCCUUGACAGUGCCUGGGAGGCCUCGGUACUUCAUCCAGGAUGUCCCCAGAUUCAGCUACUUCACCGUCACCAUGACGGAGCUCAGGGUGGAGGACUCGGGGUUCUACUGGUGUGGAACCCUCAACUCUCUCGAGUUCUCUGCUUCCAGAGCCAUCCAUCUGGUGGUAUCUCGGGCUCCAACCCCGCCCACCACCCAGAGCACCUGGAGGACCUUUGCCAUCAGCCCUGUCAUUGACAGCCCCCCAGGCCAAGGCCACUGGAAUACCAAGGUCAUCUCCAGCGUGACGGUAGUCCUGCUGCUGCUGCUGGUGUCCACUCUCCUCGUGAUCCUGUAUCUCCGCAGAGCCCGAGGGAGGGCCAGGGCAGGCAGGGACAGACCCGCUUGUGAGGAUGAGGCUGUGCACAGGACGGAUCCCUCCCUGGGACAGAGGGAAUCUCAGCUUUCCUGGGGCUCCAAUCAGCAGGUGGGCUCUGGGGACAUCCACUAUGCCUCACUUAUGCACCUGAAGCCCUUCAGCCCCGAAGACUCCAUCUACGUCAACACCCACGCCAGCCCGAAGCCCACAGCUGACCCAUUUCUGCCUGUGGAAUAUGCCAGCAUCCCUAAAAACAGACCGCGGCACUCCCAGCCAGCCGUCCCGCCGGAGGUGCCCAGGACCUGAAGGUGAAAGUCACUCGCAGUGAGCACCCGGGGGAGAACCACGCUGCUCCCCAGGGAGCGGGUGACUUCUUGUGGCCGAGACCGUUCCAAACCAGCAAGGCCAAAAAGGAGAGGAGGAAGGGGGGCACAGGAAGAACAGUCCUUAUCAACCCGUAGGGGAGAAGCUCUGAGUCUGAGGGCUGUGAUGGGCAGGCUGUGGGGACCCAGGGAUCUGGAUACCUGCCUGCCCCCUCCGCAGGGCCUGGGAGGAGAGACAUCAGCACCGAGUUCAACUAGAUGGGAUCUGAGUAACGCAAUCUUCGCCUCCCUCUCUGACUCUCCCUUCCUUCCUGACCACGGGCUGUGAAGUCCAGAUGGACUAUGCAAGUUCCUCUAUUGGUGACUGUCCCCGUGACAGCCCCUCCCUUCACUGUCCUCUCAGGGUCUCAAAGCUAGGCUGCAAAGUCCUGUCCCUGCUACACCAGCUCCUCCUCUCCUUCUUGGCCUCCUGAUUCUCACCAUCGUCAUGAACAACCCUGCCACGCCGCUGGCAGUGUCCACUGCUCGGGCCGGGGAGCGUCCUCCCCCCCUGCGGUCACACAGCUACUUCUGAACUGGCCCAGGCUGCUCUGCCUUCCGUGGAAACCCCCAUCCCUCUGCUGACUGUGGCUCAGCAGCGCAGUGGGCGAGGGGGCGCCUGCUUCCCCAAGUGCACUUUCACGGGGCCCUCUGGAGACGGGGCCUGGAGAGUGACUCAGAAUCCUGGAAACCCCAGGCCACGUGAGCAGAAGGGCUGUGCCCUGCCACAUUACGGGACAGAUGCCUAGAACUGCAGACUCAUUGCUUCUCAAGGGUGACAUUGAAGGUCAUUGAAUCCAACUGCCAAUGGGAAGCCAGACCCCUCUGUGACAUUCCCAUGAGUCACAGUCUCCGAGGACAGGGGACACGCCUCUCCUGCUCAGGUGGCUCUUCGGGACAUGCUUCUGUUACACAGCAACUUGCUUGCCUUCCAUCCCAGUGGGCCCUCCGCCUUGUGCCCAGGAUGAAACCUGAGGGCCAGGCCGGGCCGGGCCAGAAAGGGAGUGAAGGGGGGAGAGAAGGGGGGGCGGUUUGAGCCCUGUGGGCUGACGAGAGGAUGAGUCCUUCCUGGAGGAAGGUGGGCUAAGUGCCUGUCACUUGCGACAUCUCUGCAGACACCAUCCCAGCAAUGAGGAUGUGGUUCUGUCCCAGUGAAUGUCUCCACGGGAGUGUGACCAUGCAGACCUGUAGGGCCAGGCACGGGGUGCGGGAGGCGGGGAGCAAGGAGAGAGCAGGAUGCUCUGAGUGACACCUCGGCUUCUCGCACCCAGUGCUGCCUUCCUGCCCCGCGCUCCUGCAGCCCAGAUCGGACCGCCAGAGGCAGGGCCAUUGCUCCUACCUGACCCGAUCUUGCCGUGAAAAGCUCAUUGGCGCCCGGCCGGUGUGGCUCAGUGGUUGAGCGUCAACCCACGCACCAAGAGGUCACCAGUUGG